CUCCUCUCUCUUCGUCCAGGCUCCCCUCAUCCUCCAAAAAAAAAAGGAAAAUUCUUCGUUCAGCCGCCGCACCAAUCCAUUCCCCCGCUCAGGGAGCCGUGCGCGUGCGUAGCCAUGGCCUGGCUGCCCUCCGGCGCGGCGGCCGGCCCUGCGCUGCGGGGAGCGCGAGCCUCUCCGGCGCUGUCGUCGGGGGUGGCGGCCGCCGUCAUGCUCUACAAGCGCGCCCUGCCCCCGUCUUCUCCACUACUCUCCGCCCGCCCGUCCGCCACGGCUCAUAGGUUUUUUUGUCAACUCUUGGAACGAGGGGCUUCUACAGUCUACUUGGGUCGUUGGGUCCAUUCUGCAACAUGCAGUGUUUCUGUAGAUGACAGACCACAUGUAGAGUUAACAGAUGGAUCAAAUGGAGAUCUUGUGCAAAAGCGUGAAAUGGUUGGUGCAUUUCAAAGAAUACCUAUGGUGAUGCCUGCAACUGAUAUACUUAUGUCAGCACAAAGAAAAUCAAGAAAUGUGCCACCCACAAAGGGUAUACAAAACAUAGCCAAGCGUGAAAGAAACAAAGGUGCAAAACAACUUGAUGCCUUAAUGAAGGAACUUUCGGUGCCACUGAGAACUUAUACAGAGAACUUCCCUAGAAGGAGAGAUUUACAUCCUUAUGAGAGAUCUCUCAUUGAGUUGACCUUUGGGGAGGGAUAUUAUGAAAAGGUACUAGGGCGAGUGGAUGCUCUUAGGAAAAAGAUAACUUCUGUCGGGAAGCAACAUGCUUCUGUCUGUGCUAAGUCUUUGACGAAGCGUGAAGCAGAGGAGCGACUCACUGAGGGCCGGAAGGAACUUGAGGAAGUUUUCCAGCGUGGUCAAAAUGCAAUUGAGGAUUUAAUAAACGUUGCAAAGGCUUUGCGUUCUAUGCCAGUUGUUGAUCCACAUAUACCGACACUUUGUCUUGUUGGAUCACCCAAUGUGGGGAAGUCAUCAUUAGUUCGAAUAUUAUCCACUGGAAAACCAGAGGUCUGCAGCUACCCUUUCACAACAAGAGGGAUUCUAAUGGGUCAUAUAGUAUCCAAUCAUGAACGUUUUCAGGUUACUGACACUCCGGGGCUUCUCACAAGACAUGAUGAUGACCGGAAUAACAUAGAGAGAUUGACACUGGCUGUCCUUUCUUACAUGCCAAUUGCUGUUCUGUAUGUCCAUGAUUUAUCUGAAGACUGUGGGACUAAGGUGGCUGAUCAGUACAUCACGUACAAGCAUAUAAAGGAGCGGUUUGGCGACCGUCUUUGGAUCGACGUCGUGUCCAAAUGUGAUCUUCUGGACAGGGCCACGCCCUCCAGGUUCGACAAUGCCGCUGAUGAUGGCGUCGACGAUGAAUUAAGGAGAUACAGAGAGUUUGGACCGGAAGACGCCAUCCGGGUGUCCGUGCAGAGCCAAACCGGAACACAAGAGCUGAAGCAACGGGUACAUCAUCUGCUAACCUCUCAGAGGGCUCGGAUCAAAGCCGACACGGGCGAUGAUGAAGCCGUCAGUGAAGUUAGAUAAAAAGGGAUUCAUGUUGGACUAUCGUUAUAGGUUAGAUGUUCUUGUGGAGCUGAUCUGGUCAGCCUUAUCUCAUGCAACAUGCAUGGCGCAUCAGUCACGUUGUUGGAGGCAUUCAGUCAGCCAGGUUCCCAAACUGGAGCGUCGAUCAGCUCGAGCGUUUUCUUCACGAGCUCUAGUCCAGCGCCGUCCUUCGGUGGACGCGCGUGGUUAGGCUGGCUGAUGCUCUGGAAGUAGACCUCUUCAAACUUCUUCACCGACCUGUAUGUACGACAUUUAUAUAAACGAAACGGCCCUCCAUAUGUAUGUAUGUACUCCCUUAUGGCCUUUUAGGGAUCGGUUAGAAAUACCCUAAAUGCUCUUAUAUUUCUUUACAGAGGGAGUAUAUUAUCAUAUAAGAACAACUUUAGCAGA